AUGUCGGCUCUACUAACAGCUGAUUGGUUCCAACUGGACACAUAUUAUCGAAAAUUUGAUCUCUACACAAUGAACUGGAUGAUGGACGAAGGUUUGGAGAAUAUGAUAGUUAGCGGUGCACCGUAUGGUGGCCCAAUGGCAGUAGUGAGAGACCGUAAACAAUUUGUUCAAAUAAAAACCACCACUAAACCUGUUAUAACAAUCUACAACUGCUCAGGAAAUGUUAUAUCAAAGAUAUUGUGGAACAGUGGUGUCCUACUACAUAUCGGAUGGUCUGAUGGUGAACAGCUACUUUGUAUUCAAGAAAGCGGUGAUGUCCUUAUUUAUGACAUGUUUGGAGCUUACCAGAAAACUUUCAAUAUGGGCCAAGAAGUCAGAGAUACAAAAGUUUGUAAAGCUCAGUUGUUUCCAAAUCCUCAUGGUAUAGGACUAGCUGUUAUCACUACAACUAAUAGAAUGUUCCUUGUGAGUAAUGUUUCUGAACCUAAAGCUCGACCGGUUCCUGAUAUACCAAGAGCCAAUGAACCGAUAUCAUGCUGGUGCGCUGUAAACUCUAGUUUUAUAGUGUGUCGAGAUAAAGAGAUUUAUAAAUGCCAACUAGGUGAAUCCAGGGCCAUUCUUUUGCGUCCAGAAAUCAAGAACCCCUACACACAGAUCCUAUCUAUCGUGGCUUCACAGAAUGGCAAGCACAUUGCGUUCUUUACCGACUCUGGUUUCCUAUGGAUUGGAUCUUCCGAUUUGAGGAAUAAUUACUGCGAGUUAGAUACGGAUUAUAUUAAACAACCCAAAGAAUUCAUGUGGUGCGGUUCCCAAGCUGUGGCCGCACACUGGGACGACACUUUGUGCAUGUACGGUACUAAAGGCAAUAGUGUUGCGUAUCCAUACGAUGGGCCCUUCCACUUAAUUCAGGAGAUGGACUGCAUAAGGAUUGUAUCAGAAAUGACCCAUGAACUCGUGCAAAAGGUGCCUUUUGUUGUUGAGAAAAUAUUCCGGAUCAAUAGCACGGCGCCCGGCUCGUACCUAGUUGAAGCUUCUAAGCAAUUUCAGAAACGCAGUCACCGAGCUGACGAGUACAUCCGGCUAGUGAAGCCCGACCUGUCCGCCGCCGUCGCGGACUGCAUAGAUGCAGCCGCCUUCGAGUUCAGUCCGGACGUGCAGAAGAUGUUGAUCAGGGCCGCGCAGUUCGGGAAAUGCUUCCUGAUGGACCCCGUCAUCACGGAGCUCUACGUCAAGACGUGUCGCUGGUUGAGAGUUCUGAACGCCGUCAGAGAUCCUAAAGUGGCUAUACCUUUAACAUCUAUGCAAAUGCGUAAUCUGGGCGAACGAAUACUUCUUGACCGGCUCAUAUGGCGCCGACUGCACUGUUUGGCCGGACACAUCGCUUCCUACCUGCAACUGAAGGACGGACGCACGAGAGUCCUGUCCCAUUGGGCUUGUUACAAGGUAACUCAGCCUCACUUGGACAACGAGAGUGCCGCAAGGGAGAUAGGUGAGAAGCUACGGAAUGUCCCUGGCAUAUCGUACACAACGAUAGCCAUGAAAGCUGCCGAAAAAGGAAGGAAAGCUCUAGCUAUAAAAAUCCUGGAGUACGAGGCACAUAGCAAAUUACAAGUUCCAUUGCUAUUGUCACUCGGCGAAGGUCCGACUGCGCUGCUGAAGGCGACCGCCAGCGGCGACACGGACUUGGUCUACGUUGUUCUGUUGCAUCUCAAGGAAAAAAUGGGAAAACAUGACUUUGAGCUCACAAUCCGCAGUUUCCCGUUAGCGCACGCCCUGUACAUCAAGUACUGCGCAAGUCACAACCGCGAGGCCCUGCGCCUGGUCUACGUUCAGGAGGACGACUUCCAGGGUCAAGCCGCCACUCACAUAUGUGACGCCAUCGAGCAGACCAACCCGGGCAGCGCGGAGGCCUCGCUGAUAUCCGCCAGGGAAUGUUACAAAAAGGGCAAAAAUGAAUUAGGUGCAUCUGUGUGCGAGGACGCCCGGAAGCUGUGCAAGCAACAGUCCAGUCUCCAGGAGACGUACGGAACGAGCUUCGUGGGGCUGUCGCUUCACGAUACCGUCAAAAAGCUUCUGGACCAAGGAGAAGUCAGAUUGGCAGACAAACUGCGAUCGGAAUAUAAAAUGCCCGAUCGAAGAUAUUGGUGGCUUCGUAUCCUAAAACUAGCCGAGAAGUCCAAUUGGGAGGAAUUGGAUAAAUUUUCGAAAUCAAAGAAAUCUCCAGUCGGGUACGAGCCGUUUGUUGAUGCCUGUCUCAAGUACAACAAGGCGGACGAAGCACUCAAGUACUUGCCGAGAUGCAGGGAUGAGAUCAAAAUUAAAUACUACGUUAAAGCUGGGUAUUACGCGGAGGCCGCCGAAGUCGCAUACGAACAGAAAGACGAAGCCGGCUUACAUUUCGUUCAAAACAAAUGCCCGAUGCAAGACUUCGACAAUCAAGCCAAAAUAUCGGGACUCCUAGAACAGUUGAAAAUUAAGAAAUGAUCGUUUUCGUUUGCCGUCUCCGUCGACUGCACGCUGUGGCUGUGACCCGGAAUAGGAUAUAUUCACAAAACUCAAUAUCACUUAAUGUAUAUCAUGAAAACGUACCCUAAAGCACGUCGCACCUUUAGCUGCGUGGUGCCGACUUAGACUUAGAAUAUAUCUCUGUGGGUAGGGUGGCCGCGUUCUCAGAAUGCAAUACCAUUUACUGGUGGUUAAGCAUCCUGUAAGCCCACGCGGGUAGGUACCACCACCCUUUUUUUUAACGCUGGGAAAUCCAUUUACGGGUACCCGGUCGAGGGGGGUAACGGACCUGGUUAUGUCGGACUCCGGCGCCUCAGGAGAGAAAGAGGGGGAGAAGAAAAGGACCGAGGUGCUCCACGUCCCCCAAUUUCUCACAGGAGACUGUGCCUUGAAAAAGGCGCGCGAAGCACUUGCCCUGCACAACCGACUACCGACUAAACCCCAUCGAGCUCCACCACACCGAAUACACGAAACUUACGGUACCGCAGUGCGCACAGAAAGUCCCGCCUUCGCCGGUUUCCGUCCUGAUAAUAGGACGGAAUCUCAUCCACGGGUUUUUUUUUUAUUGCUUAGAUGGGUGGACGAGCUCACAGCCCACCUGGUAUUAAGUGGUUACUGAAGCC